AUGUGGUUAUUAUUAUCAUGGAGCAGUGUGGAACUAUUAAGCUUAGCAUCAAUGGAUCCAAGAAGUAUUUCAAUAUCAGUAAAAAACAAGUUAUGCCAUGUAAAUUAUAUCGACGAGAGACUCUACAUUAAUAACAGUACAGAUUUAAAAAUUAUUUACUUCGUUACACCAACAUACCCAAGACCAGAACAAGUCCCUGAAUUGACAAGGCUUGCGCACACACUUAUGCAUGUACCUAGACUGCAUUGGAUAGUAGCUGAUGAUCAACCAAUUUGUUCGGAAGAGGUUUCCAAUAUUUUGAGGCGAACUGGUCUUCCAUAUACACAUAUAUCUAGUCCAAAGCCAUUUAUAUACAAAGGAACAAAUUUUCCAAGAGGUGUAGCCAAUAGGCGAGCUGCGCUGACUUGGCUGCAGGAAAAUGUUAAUGAUGGGGUGUUGUAUUUUGGUGAUGAUGACAAUACUGUGGAUUUACAACUUUUUGAUGAAAUAAGGCUGACAAAAAAAGUGUCCAUGUUCCCUGUUGGGCUCAUCGGUGACUAUGGCGUUUCUUCACCUGUAGUUAAGGAAGGAAAGGUGGUUGGAUUUUUUGAUUCAUGGCCUGGAUCGAGAUUGUUUGCUGUUGACAUGGCUGGAUUUGCUGUAAAUAUAGAGUUUCUGAAACCCUCCGCCAAUAUGCCAUACAUAGCUGGACAUGAAGAAGAUAGGUUCUUGGUUAGUUUAGGUUUAAAAAUGGAAGAUAUUGAACCUUUAGCGGCUAAUUGUUCCAAAAUUCUCGUCUGGCAUACAAAGACUGUUAAAUACAAGAAACCGACAUUGAGACUCGAUAUAAAAAAAAUAGAUAGUGUUGCUGCGUAUAAAAAUUUUGCCAGCCUUCUCAAAGAGACAAACAGGCUAGGUAUGGCCAGUAUUAGUGAAAAUAAUGGAACUAAACCAUUUCUAACUAGGAACCGAAAGUCAUUUGAAACUAUAACCGGUUUGAAGUAA